GUUUAGUUUGAUAGGAGUCGUAAAGAAAUCAACAUCACACAACAAAGCACUCGAGGACCCGUCCGUGUACCGUUGAUUUAGCCCACGUGCGAGUGUGUGUGCGAGAGGGAUCCAAGAAGCAUAACGGUGUUUGAUGCUAUAGCGGCCAUAUCUUGGGGCUGUCCGAACUAUUCGCUCGCUCUCCGCCGCCGCGACCGCUCUCUUUCCACGCGCCAUAUCCCAAUUGACAGCCCGCUAAGAUCAUAAAGGCCGUAAAAUAAUCAUAACAAUAAUCGUAAAAAAUUAGAACCGCAAUCAGUCGCACAUUGGCCAUCGCACGGCGCAGAUCGUCGUAAACCCAUUCUAAUAAUAAUAAUCGUAAUCGCAAUCGUAAUCGCAUAAACACCAAACAAAAACAAAAAGCCAAACACCCUGGGAAAUUUAAUUUCGCGCGCGUUUCUUUUUAUGAUGUUCAAGUGUCUGGCAGGUGUCUGGAUUAACCCACAAAUUGUGCAAUAUAACUAAUGAAUCUGGGGUGACUGUGCUGCAAAGAAGAGUUCCAAUUGAUCAAGCCAAAUCCUACUACCUAAGUGUUUAUCUAUUCUUAAAAUCGUGCAUCGAAAACUCAAAUCUAUAGAACAACGAUUUCUAGUCCCCGCAAAUCGAGCAAUAUCUACACACUAACAAAAAUAGCUAAAGCUUCCAACUCUAACCGUACAAAUACGACAAAAAUAAACCGUAGACAGCCAAAAUACAGAAAACAUAAAACGAUAAAAGAAUAAGGAGAAGAAAAAGUUUCGUUUCCACUGCGGGCAAAGUUUUUAUUUUGGCGUACGUGCAAGCAACCGUUAGCUGAGAAAUUUGAAAAGCCAACAGGAUUGAAGGAUAAGCACACGUUAUUGGAUUUAAAAGUGCAAUUUUGGAUUAACCCCGCAGUAAAUGGAUAACAAAGGUGGAUUACUUACAUGGAUUACGAGAAUAUAGCUGCACGUCGAAAAAGAGUUUCAAAAUCAAAAUUGAGGAAUACCAACUAGAGGAUAAGGCUACUUAAGGAUCAAAGAACACCAAGGAAGGGAGAUUUUCUACCAAACCGAGAGAGAGAGAGAAAGAGAGUUAUAUUUGGCCAAGACAGCAAACAGAGGAACAGCAAAGCGGAAAUCAUUUUAUACCUCACACAACAACUACACACUAGCUAAGAUUAGGCUACGCAACUGUACAUUGUACUUAAGUGUUCAAAGGUUAUUUAGUUUACUUUGUAUAUAAGGAAAGUAGCUAAAAGCACGGAGGCAGGGGAGCAGAAGCAAGACAGGAAGCUGAAGCAGGAGCAGCAGAGGAGCACCACAGUCACUAGCCACUAAGCAGAGUCACAGUCACGAUCACGUUCACGCCAGGAUCAGGACUCGCGGCGGGAUCAGCGGACGCUGAGGAGGCUGCCACGAUGACGAUGAGUACAAACAACUGCGAGAGCAUGACCUCGUACUUCACCAACUCGUACAUGGGCUCGGACAUGCACCAUGGCCACUACCCGGGCAACGGGGUCACCGACCUCGACGCCCAGCAGAUGCACCACUACAGCCAGAAUGCGAGCCACCAGGGCAACAUGCCCUACCCCCUUCCCCCCUACGACCGCAUGCCCUACUACAACGGCCAGGGGAUGGACCAGCAGCAGCAGCAGCAGCAACAGCAGCAGCAACAGCAGCAGCAGCAGCAGCACCAAGUCUACUCCCGCCCGGACAGCCCCUCCAGCCAGGUGGGCGGGGUCAUGCCCCAGGCGCAGACCAACGGCCAGGGGGCGCAGCAGGUGGCGCAUCCGCAGCAGCAGGUGACGCAGCAAGUGACACAUCCGCAGCAGCAACUGCCGCAGGUGACGCAACAGGUGUCCCAUCCGCAGCAGCAGCACCAGCCCGUCGUCUACGCCAGUUGCAAGUUGCAGGCGGCCGUGGGCGGACUGGACAUGGUCCCCGAGGGCGGAUCGCCACCGCUGGUGGAUCAGAUGUCCGGCCACCACAUGAACGCCCAGAUGACGCUGCCCCACCACAUGGGACAUCCGCAAACGCAGUUGGGCUACACGGACGUGGGAGUUCCCGACGUGACAGAGGUCCACCAGAACCACCACAACAUGGGCAUGUACCAGCAGCAGACGGGAGUGCCUCCGGUGGGCGCUCCUCCGCAAGGAAUGAUGCACCAGGGCCAGGGUCCUCCGCAGAUGCACCAGGGCCAUCCUGGCCAACACACGCCCCCUUCCCAAAACCCGAACUCGCAGUCCUCGGGGAUGCCGUCUCCACUGUAUCCCUGGAUGCGAAGUCAGUUUGAACGCAAGCGCGGAAGGCAGACGUACACCCGGUACCAGACGCUGGAGCUGGAGAAGGAGUUCCACUUCAACCGCUACUUGACCCGUCGGAGGAGGAUCGAGAUCGCCCACGCUUUAUGUCUCACGGAGCGCCAGAUAAAGAUUUGGUUCCAGAAUCGGCGCAUGAAGUGGAAGAAGGAGAACAAGACGAAGGGCGAGCCGGGAUCGGGAGGCGAGGGCGAUGAGAUAACGCCACCCAACAGUCCGCAGUAGAUCCGCAUCCGCAGUAGAUCCGCCGGAGUCCAGCAGUUAAAUGAAAUUUCUAUCUAAAUACAAUUUACGUUAGUUCGGCGAGCGCAAAUGAAUUUACUUCGAUCCCAGAGGACUAUCUUUACCUAUCCCAUUCAAUCCGUUGAACUUCGCGUGAACUAAACUAAACAAAGAGCAGAGCUGAGAACUCUACCUAAAACUUAGUUAAUUGUUAUUAUUUUCUACUUAUUAUUUAAUUGUACACGAAUGGCAAGUGGAGAAAGCGAAAUAAGAUAAACGUAAAGAUAACGACUACGAUAAAGAUACAAGUAAAGCGUAAAACUCAAACAAAACCAACUCAUGUGACCUCAGAUCUAAAUAAGCUAUAUUUAACUAUAAUGCAUAUAUACAUAUAAAUAUAUGGAUAACUAUACAUGAUACCAAGUAAAGCUAAAGGCAAGGAGUUAUAUAUAAAUAAAUAUAUAUGAAGCAUAUAUACUAUAUACAUGAUAACUUAGUUCUACGCGUCAUAAGUACUGUACGAUUAACUUAUAUAUACACACCAGCAUAAACCCUAAACCUAAAACAUAAACAUUAAACUAAAUCAAUGUGUGUAGCAUCUCUAGCGCAAAAGUAUAAAAUAAAAACCAAUAAAAACUAAAUAAAAAUGAAUGGCGUCAAAAUCCAUUGCAUGUUGGUUCAAGAAACCCAUAAAUACUUUAUAAUACUGAACACGAUAAUAGAACACUUUGCCCUAAGUGAAUGUCGCAAAUUUAGACAAAGAAAUACCAAAACCAUGGAAUAACGUUGCUUAAAGUAAUAAAAGCGUUUUACACAUUCAAUAAAAAUAAUACCUACAGAAGCUUAACCAUGAACAGAACGAUUGGCGAAACUUAAAAAAUAAAUCUAAAAUUUUGAUGGAGAAUUGAACUUUAUAAAACUCGCAAGUGCAAAUUUAAGCUUACCCAAUUUGAGAGUUCCUCAAUUUUUGGUUAAAAGAUCGAUUGAUUCUGUACUUUUUUUAUUUUUAAUUUCUUGUGCAAUUUUAAGUUCUUUACAAUCGAGUUAGGUCGAAAAGGAUAUAAAGUAUACCGAAAUGCAUAAAUUUAUGAAUUGGCAAGUGAGGACGAAAUUAAAAAAAAAAAUGUAAACAGAGGUACACAAAAAAUAUGUAUAAAUAAUGAAUUCAAACAAAAACCCUGUAAAGUAGUAAAAUGAAGUGAACGCAUUAUUAUACGAGGAAAUAGUGAAUCCCCUUUUGAGAGCAGAACCGAGCGAUUUCUAUAUGAAUAUUUGCCUAACACUAUAUAAAUGAAUGUACGUAACUCAAACUCAAUUUCCACACCAUCUGUGGAAAUCCAUAUACCAAAGUCAAAGGAACGAAGGAGAAAUAAAUAGAAGGACGGGAAGGAAAACUAUAAAGCAUCAUAUGUUUAUAUGUAGAUAUAUAUAAUUAAACAAACCUAAUAUGAAACAUGUAACUUUAUAGAGCGUUUCGUUUUGUAAAUUCCCCCGAAAACCCUCGUCCCUUUUCCUAACCGAUGUUUAAUCCCAGGUGAAAGGAUUUGUGAUUUGCAAUAGAAGAAAAUAGUCAAAGGAUUCGAAAGAACUCUACAAAGUAUUGGCUAAAACAACCUUGAGAGCGAAAUUCAACUCAAUCCAGAUACGUAACUUUCGGCCUCAUUCUGUAAGAAACUAAUUACUUAAGUUUCAAUUUUAAAAAAUUAUAAAAAAAUGGAAAAAACAUAAAUUUUAGAAUGUAGAAUUUCACAAGAAACAAAAUUCAAAAGCGUUGAUAAAAAUAUAUAUAUUUGAAACAAAAGAAAACAUUUAAUACACUCAAACAUUUGUGCGAAAUUGAAACGAAAUGUGGAAGCUAAACCAUUUGUUGUAAAUAAAAUUUAAACUUUAGUGUAAACAAGAGGAUGGAGAAUGCAGUGAAGGGCUGCAAAGGCAAAGCGAAAAGCAUAAAGAAAAUUAUGAUUAAAUUACAAAUGAGAUU